AUGGGGUUUUCAGUCACCGCUGGGCAAUUGGCCGGUAUGUAUGAGCCCAAAUCAUUGGCUAAGUUUGGUCAAUUGUUUGAUGAAGAACCGGCCAAGUUGUAUGAAAAAUUACAAACAGAUAAGGAACAAGGUAUAUCUGAUGCAAGUACGGAAUCAGAAAGGUACAAGUGUUUUAAUGAUAAUAGAGUUCCCGAAAGACCACCGAAGACAUUUCUAGCAUUAGCUUGGGAAGCAUUUAAUGAUAAGACAAUGUUACUUUUAACAGCAGCCGCUAUAGUGUCACUUAUACUUGGUCUUUAUGAGGCAUUGACGCAACCACCGGAAUAUGAUCCAGAUGGUAAUAAAAUCCCAAGAGUUGAUUGGAUUGAAGGUGUUGCUAUUAUGUUAGCAGUUGUUGUUGUUGUGUUAGUUGGUGCAUCCAAUGACUAUCAGAAGGAGAAACAAUUUUUAGAAUUAAAUCGAAAGAAAGAAGAUCGUCAAGUGGUAGUUUAUCGUAACGGUGAAGAACAAUUAGUUGGUGUACAUGAUUUACUGGUUGGUGAUUUAAUGCAUCUACAAACCGGUGAGGUUGUACCGGCAGAUUGUAUUCUUGUGGAUGGUAACUGUGAAGUUGAUGAAUCUACAGUUACGGGUGAAACUGAUGCAAUUAAGGUUGCACCUUUGGAACAAGUUUGGAAACGUUACGUUAAAGCUAUUCAUGGUAAUGGUAAUGGUAAUGGGGAUAGUAGCAGUAAUAAUAUCGAUCCGGAAGCGGCCGAUUGUAUGUUAAUUUCCGGUUCAAAACUUAUCUCAGGACUCGGGAAAGCUGUUGUUACAGCUGUUGGUGUUAAUUCUGUUCACGGUAAGACUAUGAUGUCAUUAAAGACAGAAACGGAAUCGACACCUUUGCAGGAACGUUUAAGUGAAUUAUCAGAUAGUAUUUCCGUGUUUGGGUGCGCUUCGGCUAUCAUAUUGUUUCUUGUACUCUUCAUUCAGUUUUUGUUUGACAUUAGAGAAGGUGGUAGAUUAGCAGACCUGCCAGCUGCAAAACGAGGUUCGCAAUUUAUGAGUAUCCUUAUUACAUCUAUCACAGUUAUCGUUGUUGCUGUUCCUGAAGGUUUACCUCUGGCGGUAACUCUAUCAUUAGCAUUUGCCACAACAAGAAUGACGAAGGAUGGUAAUUUAGUUAGAGUGUUAAGUGCUUGUGAAACUAUGGGAUCUGCGACAGCUGUUUGUUCAGAUAAAACUGGUACUUUAACGGAAAAUAGAAUGACUGUUGUUAAAGGUUAUAUGGGGUCAGCUGAAUUUGAUGAAAAUAAUGAAAAUAAUGAGUCUACCAUUAAAAGUUUACUGGAAGGAGAAAUUUCUGAUGAUAUUAAAAAAGAUGUUAUGACUAACAUAGUAUUAAAUUCAACAGCUUUUGAAAAUAAAAGGUUUCAAGAACAACAGCAACAUCGACAACAACGAGAAGAUCAGAGAUUACGUGGUCAUACUAGUGAUAAUCCUUUUUCUUCUAUAUUAACCAGGGGUAGGAGUCGCCUUCAAAAGUUAUUACAUGGUGGUGAUGAUGAUGAUUUAUCAGCUUCUCAAGCAAACAGUGUGGAAGAACCAUAUAUUGGUUCAAAGACUGAAACUGCUCUCUUAACGAUGGCCAACAAAAACUUUGGGCUAGAUAAUCUAAAAGAAUGGCGUAAAAAUCAUAAAGGUCAUUUCAAUAUCGCCAAAAUCGUCCAAGUGAUUCCUUUUGAAAGUUCUAGAAAAUGGGGUGGUAUCGUAGUCAAGUAUGAAGGGGAGAAGAAUUAUAGAUUUUUCGUUAAAGGUGCCGCUGAAAUUUUAUUCAGUAGAUCUCUUUACUAUAGAAAUUCGGAUGGAUCAGUAGCUAAGUUGGAUGGACAAAGUAGGCAAACUAUUGAUGAACACAUUCAAGGAUUGGCUUCUAAUGCAUUAAGAGCUAUCUCUAUUGCACAUAAGGAUUUAAAUUAUGAAGGUUCAUGGCCUCCAGAAAAUAUUACGAGUGAUGAACCAGGCGAAGCUUUACCAGAGAAAUUGUUUGGUGAAGUGGUAAAUGAAAAGAGUCAAGAUGGUCUGGUGCUGGAUGCAUUGGUUGGUAUUCAAGAUCCGUUACGUCCAGGUGUGAAAAAUUCUAUUGAACAAUGUCAGAAGGCAGGUGUUACUAUACGGAUGGUCACUGGUGAUAAUGUAACUACGGCAAGGGCUAUUGCUAGAAAUUGUAACAUUUUAAAUGAAGAGGAUUGGGUCGAUUCUGAUUGUGCUAUGGAGGGCCCCAAAUUUCGCGAACUUUCUAAUGAUGAACGUGUAAAGAUUUUACCUAAAUUAAGAGUGUUAGCACGUUCUUCACCUGAGGAUAAGAAAAUUUUAGUAGCUACUUUAAAGCAAAUGGGUGAUGUGGUUGCCUCUACCGGUGACGGUACUAAUGAUGCACCUGCCCUUAAGAUGGCCGAUGUUGGAUUUUCCAUGGGGAUUGCUGGUACUGAAGUUGCAAGAGAGGCUUCUGAUAUUAUUCUAAUGACAGACGAUUUCUCAGCUAUCGUGAAUGCUAUCAAGUGGGGGCGUUGCGUUUCUGGUUCUAUCAAGAAAUUUAUUCAAUUUCAAUUGACAGUCAACGUAACGGCGGUCGUCCUUACUUUUAUCUCGUCGGUGACUACUGGUAAAUCCGUUCUAACUGCUGUGCAAUUAUUAUGGGUCAAUUUGAUUAUGGAUACUCUGGCCGCAUUAGCAUUGGCUACUGAUAGACCAGAUAAGAAUAUCAUGGAUAGGAAACCCAUAGGUCGUCAAGCGCCUUUGAUCUCCGUUUCUUCUUGGAAAAUGAUCAUGUGCCAGUCUUUUUGGCAGCUUGUGAUUACAUUGACUUUGACUUAUAGAUCCGGUCAAAUUUUCUUUGGUCGUGAGGCUACAGGCCAUGAGAAACAAAUUCUUAAUGCAUGUACUUUUAACACAUUUGUUUGGUUGCAGUUCUUUACUUUAUUCGUUUCUAGGAAAUUGGACGAAGCGGAUGGUAUUAAGGAUUGGAGAAAGAGAAUUUCAAGAGAAAAUCUUGAUUUCUUCCAGGAUUUGGGCAGAAAUGGAUACUUCUUGGGCGUUAUGGCGGUGAUUGGGCUCUUCCAAGUGUUCAUUAUGAAAUUUGGUGGUGUUGCAUUUUCUAUUGCAGAACAAACUCCUUCCAUGUGGGCAUGUGCCAUUUUAACCUCUCUUUUGGCAAUUCCUGUUGGUGCAUUAGUGAGAAUUUGUCCUGAUGAAGUAGCACUUGCGAUCUAUCCAAAAAGAUUCAUUGGCCUUGUGUGGUACAUUUGCACACUUGGCUUCUUCAAGAAAAACGCCCAGAAAGGUUUGCACGAUGAUGAGGAAUCUUUGCUUGGUGAAGCUCAGGAGGAAUCCUCAAUUUCCACAAGAUAA